GGCGCUCCGCCGCCGGCCCAAGUACGCCCUGGCCUCGCUGUCCCCCACUGCACCUCGGUUGCUAGGUGUUACGUCACACGGCCCGCGUGAGGGUGCCCGCUCUGGACGCCCUGGAAGCUCCUGCCAUCGGCUUUUGGCCACAUGUGGGCGCACAUGGACUCUAGUCCCAUUCUUCGGCCUGCCACGCCGUUCUUAACUCGCAGUCGUCUUACCAUGUCACCGGGCCGCAAGCGCACGGUGUCGUCGCCCCUGUAUGCACAUGUAUGCACAAGAGGUGCUCGUGCAAGAGGUGCGGCAUCAUGCCGACGCCUAAAGAGUGCGUCUGCUGCAGAGAGUGUCCCCCCGCGGUCGCGACUCGCCCAGGAGGGUGCAUUACGGAACACGCCAACGUCGCACCGAUCUGCCUCCAGCCCGGCGUGCUCGAAGUCACGUUCUGGGCUCCGCAGGAGGCAGGUCGUCACCCGGCGCCGCGAGAACAGAAGCUUCGUUUUCCGGCCUACCAGCAAUUUGUGCGAUGGAUGUGGCGAAGGCUGGGACGCUGCAAUCGACGUGUGCUGCCUGCCUGCGCGGUUAAAAGAAUCCACGAUGAAUUCCCGUCGAAAACCUAUACCUAUACCGGGUUUCUGGAUGCAGAAUAAAAAUGUUGUA